AUGACCAACAUCUCCACGGUGAGGGAAUUCCUCCAGCUGGAAUUCUCAGAGGCCCAGGAGAUGCAGCUGGUCCAUGCCGCGCUAUUCCUCCUGGUCUAUCUGACGGAUCUGCUGAGGAAUCUCCUCAUUGUCGCCAUCAUCGUUCUCGACCGCCGCCUCCACAACCCCAUCCAUAUCCUACGACCCUACGACCGCUAUGCGGCCAUCUGCCUCCCCCUGAGCUACAAGUUCGUCAUGGGUCGAGGGGUCUGUGGGAAGAUGUUUUUUUGUGACGUCCCCUACCUGCUGAAGAUCACCUGCUACGAGGACCACAUUGCCGUUGACAUGCACGGCACCACCGGGAUAGUGUUAGACGUCGUCUGUUUCAUUCUCAUCAUCGUCUUGUACUUGCUCAUCUUCCCGGCCGUGCUGAGGAUGACGGCUGCCGAGAGCUGGGCCAAAGCCUUUUCCACCUGCCUGCCUCGCCUCGCCAUCGUCACCGUUUUCCUCUCUGCCGGUGUAUGUGUCCACAUCAAGCCGCCCUCAGACUCCUCCUUGAUCAUGGACCUGAUGUGUCCGUGUCCUACACGGUGGUGUCCCCCGCCCUGA